CUGUACAUAUUUCAUGUCCCUUCCGGCCUAUUUAUAGGGCUGGCCCUAGCAACAAUGUCAUCUGUAACUGGACUCCAUCUGUUAAGUCAGAGCCCGCUGAAUGUCAGCUGCCAGGAGCAGAAGCCGUGCAGUUUCCCACCGACACUCGCUGGGGGAGCUUCAUGGAGUUUGCAGGGCGGCUAAGACCUUCCGAGGCCUGCAACUACCUAGAAGUGCCAGGCCUCAGCGGCUUGGACCCCGAUGAAGACGAAGGCGACCUGAUCGUCGGCUUCAGACCCAAAUCUUCUCCCAUCCCAUCCAGAAGGAGCUCGGUCUCGGAUGAAGACUCAGAUCCCGAGCCCCCUCUCUGCGGCUCCCGGAGGGUGUCGUUCGCCGACGCCAAAGGCCUCAGUCUGGUGCAAGUGAAGGAGUUUGCUCUGUGGGACGUACCAAAACUGCCAGGCCAUGACUCGGCAGACGGCGAGGGUAAAGAUUUAGUGGAAUACCACCUCUCGCCUCUAACUUUCUCCCUGCCGCUGUCACCCAAAGACGUGCACGCCAAAGUGUUGGAUCAGAAAGUUGAGCUGGAAACAAUCGGGUUGCUCCCAGGGACCACGAUACUUAAAGGAGUGAUCCGCGUUCUCAACAUCUCCUACAACAAGUCGGUCUUCAUCAGAACCUCCUUGGACCGGUGGGUCACCCACUUUGACCUCCUGGCAGAGUACGUCCCCGGCUCGAGCGACGGCGUGACGGACAGCUUCUCGUUUAAGCUCACCUUGGUGCCGCCGCUGGGGGAUCAGGGAGUCAGGGUGGACUUUUGUCUGCGGUACGAAACGCCGGCGGGGACAUUCUGGGCUAACAAUAACGACAGGAACUACGUGGUCUCCUGCCAGCGCGGAAUGAGAGGGGGAACGGAGAAGCCGCAGAGGGAAAGCGCAAACAAGAAAAGCUGCCUGAAGGCCGCCAGAUGAGUCUGUGCGGGCACCGGAGGUGGGCGCUUCGACCGCCAAGAGAAUCUCUGAAGGUCAUUCAGCGACUUCAAACGGAGAGGGU